AUUUGAUUAUCAAGAUGGCAGAGGGUAAAUUUUCAGCUCAGACACAGGAGCAAUUAGAAAGGAAAAAGAGAGAAAAACAAGAAAAAAAAGAAGAACAAGAAUUCUUCAAUGACCUGUUUACUGACAUUGGGCCACAAAUGGGGACCCACUUCAGCACCAUUGGGCUUCAUCUUGGGAUGACAGAUGAUGAAUUGAAGAAUAUUCAGAUGACAGAUCGUGAUGCUAGCCAAUGGGGCCUAGAAUUGCUGAAAAAAUGGAUGAAGAAUCAAGAGGAAGAAGAAUCCGGUGUUCCUGUGAUUGACACCUUGUGUAAAGCUUUGAGGAAAGCCAAGAGAGUAGACCUUGCUAAAAAAGUCAAAAAGGCUGAAGAAGAAAGAGGCAGUCAACGUUAAGCAUGGCUGGUGACUAUUGCAUCAGGACUGACAAGGAUGGAUGUUACGAAGCACAAUUAAAUACAGAACUUUUUGCACUUAGGAACUAUUGAUUUUAAAAUAUUUUUAAAUUUUUCAACACUCAACACUUUUCUGAACACCCUCGUCACUGUUCUACAACUUAAGUUACUUUGACAGAACGUCAAUGUAACAAAAUGAAUGAACUUCCUGAUUACAAGUUUUUUGUUUUAUCGAUUUAAACCU